AUGUCAUUCAGAGGCACCGAUUACGGACCCACCAGCCAAGCAGCAGGGGGAGAAGGCGGCAUGGCUUCCCAGUGGAAUGGAGUAGACGAACAUGAGGUUGUCGUGAAGGAGAGGGUAGCAACCAUCAGUGAAAGAAGACUUGAGCAUAUUUCGAACAGAAUUGAGGAGCUCUACGGAAUCAUAGGGCAAUUUAGAGAUGAGCGCCAUAAUGAUGAUAGUAGCCUUAUGGCCCCAACGAGAUUACGAGCACCAUCAUAUUCAUUGCUCCAAUCUUGCAGUCUUCGGGCAUCCCCCAAAGCCCCAGCUCCAGCGGAAGCGAUUGAGUCCGCCUUGUUUGCCCAUGUCAUUUGGGCAGCAAGAACACUAGAAACCGCUGUGAUGAAUGACCCAUACUCCAGGGCCGUCGACGCCAUAACUUCGGCGUUGAAUACUUUGCGGAGCACAGUCAAUGACCAAAAGCAGCAAAAUGAGAGGCUGGAAGGGUCACGUUCAUUUCUAAAGGCGCUGCCUUCUGGUCUUAGUCUCAGGGAUUUGCCUAUCCCUUCCAUGGAUAAAGUCAUGGCAUGCCUCAGGAUCGCUCAAGGUGCGUCUCUCUUCUCCAGGCUAUGUGGCACUCGUUCUGAUAAUCAUCCCGCAGAGAGCUCGCCAAGCGAGAUUUACUGGCCCUUCGAAUUUGGACCUCUGGGGGACUUCACCCAGUACGUGAUCAGAGCCUGCACACCCGGUCCGAUCAGCGAUAUGGAGCUGAUCAUAGUCCAUUACGUUCUUUACUCGCUCUUCACCCAAUGCUCGAUUGGUGCCGAUGACGAGACACUCAGACAGGACUACGAUGUGCAGGCUGCAACUUGCAGGGAGAGCCUCGAGACAAUUUUAUCGAGCCUUUCCUUUCACAUCGAUACCAAUAUUGACUCUAUUCGUGCCCUGUACAUGGCGUCUCUUCAUUGUCUGCACCGGGGAAAAGUGUCCACAGCCUGGACGUUUAUUUCAAGAGGGUCACUUAUGUGCCUGGCCUUGGGGUUGCAUAGCAGUCACGCCAUGGUAACGGAACAAGAAAACGCAGUGCAGCGAAAGAUGUGUCUUUUCUGGGCUGUGUACGCCCUGGAGAAAGUUGUUGCUUUACGGCUCGGCAGGCCGUCGACUAUUAGAGACCAGGACAUCACCAUCUCACGAGUCACUUUGGACCGCAAAAUGACCUCCCUAGCAUAUAACCGGCUGCCUGACUGGAUCGAUGUCGCUAGCCUCUACGGCCGCUUGUACGAUAGCCUGUAUAGUCCGACUGCAUUGACACAACCAAGCUCCGUUCGCGUGUCUCGUACCUGUGCACUGGGUUCUGAGCUGGAGCGGAUGAUAGCCGCGAGAACCGGAUACUAUUUCAUGAUACACGCCAACAGAGCUAUAGAAUACUCAACCUUGGCAUCCAUAUAUCGAGGAAUCCCCACAAAGAGUCCUUAUGGUAUGAUACCAUGUACGCAAUGCAUCGCCGCCGCGCGAGUAGCCCUUGAAGAGAGCGAAGCCAGCAUUGCCAUACUUUCAGAUGCAGCAAAAUGGCCAACAGGUCUUCACGAAUGGGUCAACGAGAUUCUCCUCCUAGCGCCGUUUAUCUCUCUCACAAUCCUGGUCUGCAAUGUUGUUGAUACCGCUGACGCGUCGGACCUGGGCCGCUUGAAGGGAGUGAUUGACGGUCUACAGUCUCUGGUACAAUCGCCGCUCUAUGCCAGUUGUAAUAGGCAGCUGCGUAUUUUCAAGCCUCUAUAUGAUGUUGCAGCUCGUUACGUCGAAGCAAAAACAAGCCAGGAAUCAACAGACACGAUUAGCACUCUAUUCACUAAUCCAGACGCCGAUGUCUACUUCGAUGGUGACGCUUGGUUAGGGAAUGAAUUCUCUCCUGUCUCAUCUUUACCAUUAUCGAAUAUGUGGUCACUCGAUUUGCUCCAAGCUCCAGCAGUUACAUCAUAUGGUGAGACUCCGGAACAUAGCCAACGGUCCCUAACAAAGUAA